AACACAGAUCUGUCUGUCUGACCCUGUCACUGUCAUACAUCGGCGCCUCCAAUUGUUUGUGUCAAUUUUAAUGUAUUUCCAGUUAUACCCUCCCUCAACAAUUUCCCUCAUUUUCUCUCUAAAUUGAUAGGUUUUGGUUGGCGUUGGGGAACAAUAAACAAAGAACAAUCUUUGGAUCCUUUCUCUCUUUUUCACAUUUUUCACUUAACCUAGUAACUCUCCUUUUUGUUCUGUCCUGAAACUGAAACCUUUUAUGUUCUUUUUUUCUUCAAGUAAAAAAAAUACUGUAUUUUUUUUUUUUUCCUUUCACUGAACCUAUCUUGGUUUUUUCUUUUGAUACCCUUUUUGAUUGGUAAUCUGAUUGUGAACCCUGUUGGCGGAUUAUUAGUCUUAGCUGGGUUGUUUGGUUAUUCUUUUUGUGACAAACAAUGAACUCUUCAACAAGGUUGGAUUCAGCUGUUUUUCAGCUUACACCAACUAGAACAAGGUUUGACUUGGUUAUAACUGUGAAUGGAAAGAAGGAGAAAAUUGCCUCAGGCUUGCUCAACCCAUUUCUUUCCCAUUUGAAGGCUGCUCAGGAACAGAUGGACAAGGGUGGUUAUUCAAUUGUUCUUGAGCCAGAUGGUGGUAGUGAUGCCACAUGGUUUACCAAGGGAACUGUUGAAAGGUUUGUUCGCUUUGUAAACACCCCUGAGAUAUUGGAACGAGUGUAUACUACAGAAUCGGAAAUCUUACAAAUUGAAGAGGCAAUUGCUAUUCAAGGAAAUAAUUCUGUGGGGUUUAGCACUGUGGAAGAAAACCAAGUAAAACAGGCAGAAACCACCGAAGGAAGGAAGACUCAACAUGAUACUAAUGAGGAGAAAGCGAUUGUACUUUACAAGCCUGAUGCACAGCCACCUGAAGCAAAUGGACAUGCCACAUCAGAAGGAAACUCAAAAGUUCAGCUUUUGAAAGUCCUAGAGACGCGCAAAUCAGUGCUGCAGAAAGAGCAAGGCAUGGCAUUUGCACGCGCUGUUGCUGCUGGUUUUGACAUCGACUAUAUACCUGCCUUGAUGUCAUUUGCUGAAUGCUUUGGAGCAUCUCGAUUGAUGGAUGCAGCUGCAAAAUUUAGAGAUCUUUGGAAAAGAAAACAUGAAAAUGGACAAUGGCUUGAAAUUGAAGCCGCUGAAAUGAUGUCCAACCGCCCAGACUUCACUGCAUUAAAUGGCUCUGGCAUUAUACUUCCCAAUAUGGCCUUUGCAUCCCAUACUGAAUUGGACACAGAGAACAAUGGGAAAGCAAGUUCAGAUGUGCCUCCAGUGGACCGUCAAGGCCACCAGGAUAAUAUGCAUGGUCAAUUUCCACAUCACAUGUUCCCUCCUUGGCCUGUUCAUUCUCCCCCAGGCGCUGUACCAGUCUUUCAGCCAUAUCCAGUGCAAGGCAUACCCUACUAUCAAACAUAUCCUGGAAACAGUCCAUAUAUGCAGCCAAAUUAUCCACCCAUGGAGGACCCUAGAUUAACGGCGGGUCAACAUAUGGGUUUCAGAAGGCAAUCCAUGGAUAGUAGACACAGCAAUACUGAAUCAGAAACAUAUGAUAUAGAAGCUUCAAAAUCAAGGUUGCAGGAUGAAGUGGAUAUGGAGAGGGAAAGUUCACACACAAGUGAUCGAAGGAAGAAGGGUAGCCGAUCAGGAAGACAGAAAUCUGGUAUGGUGGUCAUUAGGAAUAUCAAUUACAUAACAAAGAAAGAAAACUCUUCUGGAAGUGGAUCAUAUACAGAUUCUGCCUCUGAAACCGAUGAAGAUGUUGAUAAUCAGGAGCAUGUGAAGACCCCAAAAAGAAAGGGACGAAGAAAAGAAAUUUUGAAGUUGAAUUUGUCUGAUAAGGAAGAAAUGGACCACGGGAAGGAUGCAGAUGGAGGACACUGGCAAGCUUUCCAAAAUUGUUUACUCAGAGAUGUUGAUGAAGAUAGACAUGCCAUUGACCAAGACCAAUUUGGUAUGGAAAAGGUUGAUGACAUGAGAAGGAAAAAACAUGUUUCAGUCAAUGAUCCUUUAGUUUUUAAUGAGCGGGAGAUGCAGGAAGUUCAAGACAACCGUACUAUAGAUAUGCAUAGCAUUAGCAAAGGAUUAUCCCAUAUGCCUAAGGCACCGAAUGAUGAUUUAUUAUUAUCUGCAAGGGCAGGGCAGUCUGGUGAUAGCUGGUCUGUAGAUGAUGCACAAUCUUUAGAAGUUAAUGGAAGAAGCGGUGGUUAUAGGAGUGCUGUUAGUGAUGAUUUCAUUGUUCCUAAACAAGAAAGUCAGUCUGGUAAUUCAUAUCCUUCCUCAGAUCUGGAAAUUACCAACAAUAAUUUGCAAAGGAAGUUGUUUCACGAUAUGAAUGAUGAUUCCUACAUAUUGGAUCAUAGAUCAAUCCAAGGUAAUGAUUAUGCAGGAAAUGCUGAGAGAAAUGUUAUCGACAUAGACUCUGAGUUGCAUCAAAAGGAAGAAAAACCUUUAAAUGGGAUUGACCAUAUGUAUUAUCAGCCAGAUGUAUUAAGCAUGAUGCCUGAACGAGGAGCUGAAGGGGGAUCGAUGAGUUACGACCCUGCUUUAGACUAUGAAAUGCAGGCCCAAGCUGGUGGUGCUUUACAAGAUAAAAACAAAGAGGUAUUGGCUGGUGCUAAACCAGGAUCUAAGAGGUUGGAUAAGGAGCCAAAAUCAAAACUUACUCCAAAUAGUUCUGAUAAAAAAAAGACCGCCGGGCCGAUAAGGAGAGGGAAGACUUCUAAACUUAGUCCUUUGGAUGAAGCGCGGGCACGUGCUGAGAAGUUACGGAACUACAAAGCUGAUCUCCAGAAAAUGAAGAAAGAGAAGGAGGAGGAAGAGAUGAAACGCAUAGAAACUUUAAAGAUGGAGAGGCAAAAGAGAAUCGCUGCCAAGAGUGGCACAGUCACUACUCAGUCGCCAGUGGCAUCUCAUGUUACCAAGAAGCAAGUUCCAACUAAACUUUCACCAAGCUCUCAUAAGGGAUCAAAAUUUAGUGAUUCAGAACCAGGACCAUCCUCACCCCUUCAAAGAUUCCCCGCCAGAACUACUUCUGCUGGAUCUGUUGAUUCCUUGAAAACCUCAAAAACCAGUAGAUUGAGUACUAGAGGCCACUUGAAUGAUAACAAAUUAAGCCAAUCAGUGUCUUCUUUGCCUGAAUCUAAGCUAGAGAAGGGUGAUAGUGCAACUAAUACAAAGGCAUCGAUGGCACGGAUUAGAAGAUUGUCAGAACCUAAAAUGAGUUCUGUUCAUCAGACUUCCUCAGUUAAGGCACAUGGUACAGGGACAAUAUCGAAGACUAAAGCAUCUGAUGGACCGGCGGAGAGCAAAAAAAUUUCUGCUAUUGUGAAUCAUGACAAAAGCAAGAUAGCAGCCCUCCCAGAACUAAAAGUUAGAACAUCUAAAGCAAACGGAAUUGUCCAAAACGUAUCAUCAGUCAAAGAGAAGACACAAAAGUUGAAUGGUAACAAGUCUUUAAUGAAUUCAGAAGAUACCAUGCUGAAGAAAAAUGAAACAGGAAUUUCGUCCAAUGAUGAUGGAGAUGAAAAUCCUGUAAUUGAUAAAACUGUUGUGAUGCUCGAGUGUGAGAAACCUUCUGCACCUACUAUUUAUGCCCCAGAGAAAGAAUAUGAUAGUGAUAAAGUGACACAGAAAACUGAGACAGCAUCGAAUUAUGUUGCCAUUCGUGCUCCUGUUUCACCAGUAAGCAUGGAUGUAAUAGAUAAAGAAACCUCAGAGAGCCAGUCACACUUGCCACCCAUAUCCUCUGAGGUUAAAAUGGAUACAGAAAAAGAACCUUCAAAAUCAGCCAGCAUUUGUAUUGCUGAGGAAACAUAUCAUGCUCCAUUUGCUCGAGUUUCUUCUAUGGAAGAUCCUAGUACAAGAAAUAGUGAGUACGGCAAAGCAGCUCCCACGAGUUCAGAAACUGCAGCAAUUGUUGCAGACGCCGUUAAAGCACGUGUGUAUGACAACAGAAACUCAACACUUGAAAAGAUUCCUGAAACAACGGAGAAGCCUCGUGUAAAGGAAUCACCGAAAGGGUUCAGACGAUUAUUGAAGUUUGGGAAAAAGAGUCAUAGCUCGGCUACACGCAACACAGAAUCAGAUAAUGUCAGUAUUGAUGGUUCUGAGGCAGAUGAGAUUGGAAUUAACGGUUCCUCUAACGAAGUUAAUACUUUAAAGAAUUUGAUCUCUCAAGAUGAAACUCCAACUACCAGCACAACUCAGCAAAAGUCUUCUCGCACAUUUUCGUUGUUAUCACCAUUUCGAAGCAAGAAUAGUGAAAAAAAGGUAAUGAUGGCUUGAUAGAGUGGAAGCUGUUGUUGUUAAGGUUGAUGCAGUCCCAAGCUUGAUUUUUAUUUUUGGUCUUAAAUGUAAGCAGUAAAAGAUAACUGAAUUAUGUAUUGAUAUGAAAUUGAUCUUUGUAUAUUCAUGUUACGAUGUUGAUAUAUAUCCCCAAGUGAUUAAGAAUGAUGUUUUUUUUUUCUCUUCCA